AUGCCUCGGAAGGGGCCACCCAAGACAACCCGUCGUGAAGAACGCGACAAGGAGCGCCAAAAGGCGGCUGGCGAGAGGCUUCGGAAUGAACAAAAGACUGAACGAGCUCAAAAAGCCCUUCGUGACUUCCAAACACACAAACGCGAGAUGCCUGAAACCCGAGGAACGCAACGCGACCUCCGGCGAGGUCUAGCUGGUAAGGGCCUAACGUUGGAACGGUACGGCGACUCCGAGUCCCAACGUCAAGCACGAGGAAUCGUGAUGGAGCAGUCGGAUGCUGGGCGCGGUGUGCCUCGGGGGUUCACUUACGAGGAUAUCUAUGGUGCUGAAGACGAAGAGUACGACUCGUCGUCGUAA